AUGAGUUCAGAAAGUAAUUUCUCGCUGAAAUUCCGGCGCCCGUCCAGCAAACUGCACAAGGACCCCCCUAGUUUCAGCUCGCGCAUUCUUCGGAGUCAUCAAAGCACGACCGCACUCAAGCGUCACCCCUCCGCUCCCGUCUACCCGCGUUCCUCCCCCAGUGGCAGUCGCGAGCAUGUCCGCUCGCGCUCCAACGCGGCCUUCGGUUCCUCAAACUCCUCGCUCGAACAGCAUAGUCAGCAUAGUGGCGGUCCCUCGCCCGUCCACGACGAGGGGCCCUCGUCCUACUUCCCCAGUUUCAGCACCUCGCGCUCUCGGACUCGCAGCUCCAACCGCUUCUCCUAUAACGAUCAAAGUUCGGAUGACUUGAAUAACUCCUUUGAGACGCGGGGCAUGCUCAGUGCGCUCGACGAGAAUAGCGCCGAGCCUGACCAUCAACCGCAGGCGUACCAGCAGCAGCAGCAGCAACAGCCGCCACCCUUGCACUCCCAUCACACCAGUCCCGACCCGCGCGGCCGCCAAAUCCUCCGACAGUCGGCCAGCUUCACCGCCCUUCCCAAUCGCAUGGAUUCCUUCGCGCAUCGCGAGACCGAACGGUCUCAUCAUUCAAAGCGCUAUUCCGAUGAAGGCAAUCAUGGUAAUGCGGGCCCGGCCCCUCUGCGGACGGGGAGAAGCAAAAAGGCCAGCUUCUCCAGUUUCGUCAAUAGCAUGCUGGGCUCGCCCCGCAACAUCAAGAUUUCGGCUCCGGAGAAUCCGGUGCACGUCACGCACGUAGGAUAUGAUAACCAGACCGGCCAAUUCACCGGUCUGCCCAAGGAAUGGCAGCGAUUGCUGCAGGAGAACGGUAUCUCAAAGAAGGAACAGGAGGAGCAUCCACAGACAAUGAUGGACAUUAUGCGGUUCUAUGAAAAGAAUACGCGCGGAGAUGACGAUGAGGUGUGGCACAAGUUCGAUAACGCAUACAAGGGCAGCACGACGACCCCGGCCACCGGGACAUCACCGCCCGGAAGCCCACGAUUCCCGCAAAAUCACGAAAGCAGUUUCGAAAACCCCCGUUCGCCGCCUCCGAUUCCUCGUGGUCCUCCCGCGGCAUCGCCCGCGGCUGCCAUAUCUCCCCCUUUAGGUAGUCUGGUUCCGCACCGUGCGCCUCCCAAGCCACCGACGGGCAUGACACCGGCUCGUCCGCCUCCGCAACCCCCCGUGUCACAGUCUUAUGGCGGUGCGACGCAACAACGACCUAUGCAGGAUUCAUAUGGCGCAUCAUUUGGUGCACCACUCAUCCCCGAGGCCGCCCCCGUGGCCACCGGCUCGCCCAAGCCCAGUCGCUCCAACUCCCGUAAUGGCGCCUCUGCGCCCAAGCACAAUGUUAUCGCCUCCCCCACCCAAUACCAGCAACACCAGGAGCAGGUCAUGGCAGCUGCCCAGCAGGCAAUCGCCUCUAAGCAGCUGGAUCGGAGUACCAGCCAACGCACACAGCAACAACCACCCCCACCCCCACCCUUGGCCACGAACCUGGGCCCUUCGUCAACGGAUCCAUCUCCUGCUUCUGCCUCUCCGAGCACACGGGCUCCCCCAGCCGCUCGCCCGCGGCAGCGCCAGCAGCGCCAGAGCACUGUGAUGGAUGUUCGACAACGCCUGCUCCAAAUCUGCCAUCCCGGCGACCCAACUCAAAUAUAUUACAACCUGAACAAGAUCGGCCAGGGUGCCUCUGGUGGCGUCUACACUGCGUAUGAGACUGGCACCAACAAUUGCGUCGCCAUCAAGCAGAUGAACCUCGAUCUCCAGCCUAAAAAGGAUCUGAUCAUCAACGAAAUUCUUGUGAUGAAGGAUAGCAAGCACAAGAACAUCGUCAAUUUCCUGGAGAGCUUUUUGCACGGGCUGGAUUUGUGGGUUGUCAUGGAGUAUAUGGAAGGUGGGAGCCUUACAGACGUGGUCACUUUCAACAUUAUGAGUGAAGGGCAGAUUGCAGCUGUUUGCCGCGAGACUCUGAGUGGUCUCCAGCAUCUGCACUCGAAGGGCGUCAUUCAUCGUGAUAUCAAAUCUGAUAACAUCCUGCUUUCGUUGGAGGGUAAUAUCAAGCUGACCGAUUUCGGUUUCUGUGCCCAGAUCAACGACUCGCAACAUAAGCGAAACACCAUGGUCGGCACCCCGUACUGGAUGGCGCCCGAGGUGGUUACUCGCAAGGAGUACGGCCGCAAGGUCGACAUCUGGAGUUUGGGUAUCAUGGCUAUCGAGAUGAUUGAAGGCGAGCCGCCUUAUUUGACUGAAUCGCCACUUCGGGCUCUGUACCUGAUCGCCACCAACGGAACCCCCAACAUCAAGGAUGAGCACCAGCUGUCGCACAUCUUCCGCGACUUCCUCUACUUGGCCCUGAAGGUUGACCCAGAGAAGCGAGCGUCGGCCCACGACUUGCUGAAGCAUCCCUUCAUGGGCCUAUGCUCUCCACUUACACACCUCGCCCCUCUGGUGAAGGCUGCCCGCAUCAGCCGCGCCCAAGAGAAAGCGCAGAAAGGCGGCGCUUAA